AUGUCCAAUACUUGCAGCUACGACUGCUCAUCGCAUCCAUCAGAGAUCCAACCCUAUGGCGACGUUGCAGGCAUUGGCGUCAUGGUCGCCUUUAUUUCGACUGCCUGGAUAGUUGUCUUCUUGCUUAUAAUAUACUAUCUGGCUGCUUUCAACCCCGAGUUGGACCCUUUCAGGCAGAAGAAUGCAAAGACGCGUACUCAAUAUCCCAAUCACAUUGACUUUUCAGUUCUUCGACUAGUCCGCUUACUACCGAGCCUGUUUCACAUUCGGCAUCCCCACCUGCUCCAGUCCUCCCGGCUAGAGCCUGCACUCAAUAAAUGUGUUAUUGCCCUCUCGGAUAUCCAGAUCUUCACGGGGAUAUCCAUUCUGGUCAGUGGCUAUAUUGCUUUGCGUUGCGGCUUAUCGGCUUAUCACUGGCAAUUAAUCGUCUACCUGGCAUGGCUUGCGAAUAUCACACACCUAGCAACUCUAUCCUUCUUACGCAACUACUUCGCAAACAGACGCGUUAAACUGUCAUGGCGAGUAGCUCUCAUGUCCGUUAUGCUGUUGCUCCUCUCUGUUGCCGUCGGUUUGACAGGCCACUUCGAUUGGGAAGGUCGCUCACAGCGCCCGGCUGAUUUUGCUAUUUGCUACUUUAGAAUGUUACCAAACACGCAGACAAUAACGUUCGAAUCUAUGGUGAAGAUGAUAUGUCUUCUCGCCUAUGGAUUCUCUAUCCGUAUGGCUAAGAUGUUCAAAGGCUUUGAGACAUCAUUACGGCAGAUCGGUGCAAUAAUGAGAACAGUAUCUACUAGAAGGCAGCGCGGGGGAAGUCAGAGCAUUUCUGAAGUAGAUUCUGGAGCUGGGAAGAAAUGGCUACGACUGAUUGGUGCAGCAAUGAGAGGAGCAUCAACUCAACAGCUGCGUAGAGGAAGCCAGGAUAUUCCUCAAUGGGACCCUAGAGCUAGGGGGGGAAGGCUAGAGCGUUUGGCAAUUCUGAUAUAUGACCCUUUUGCCAUUGCGGUUUCUAGCUUGAUCAACAUCCACCUUGAUCUGUUUACAUCGUUCCUAGCAGAGGUAUGGCCCCUUAAGCUAUAG